AUGGAAUAUCAUGAUGGCUUUAGGAAGAGAUAUGGCAAUAUUUUAUCUUUGAUGAAAGUGAAAGUGGAUAGCAUGGCUUUAAGGGUUCUUUCACAUUUUUAUGACCCAACGUAUCAUCGUUUCACUUUCCCCGAUUAUCAAUUGUCCCUGACUUUGGAAGAAUUCACUUAUAUUAUGGGAAUCCCAAUCCGUGAUAAGAUUCCUUUUAUUGGAGGAAAGGAGGUACCAAAGUCCCACAUUAUUGGGGCAUAUCUACAUGUUCCAAAGGUCGAGGUAGAAAAUGGUCUCAUCAUGAAAGGAGGAAUUUCCGGUUUCCCCAUCAAGUAUUUGGUGGAAAGAGCUUCACAUUAUGCCAACAUAGGGAGUCAUGAUGUGUUUGAGGCAAUCUUGGACUUAAUGAUUUAUGGGAUUCUACUCUUCCCAAGCUUCAAAGACUUUGUCGAUAUGGAUGCUAUUCGAGUUUUCAUGACUUGUAAUCUGGUUCCUACUCUUCUAGGAGAUGUCUAUUACUCAAUCCACUUUAGGACCGAGAAAAAGGGUGGAUGGGUCAAUUGUUAUGCACCUAUAUUGUACAAGUGGUUUAUUUCUCACUUGCAGCAAUCCACUCUAUACAACAAGGACAAUUUCAUAUGGUCAAAAAGGCUUAUGGCUCUUACUAAUAAGGACAUAGUAUGGUACAAUGCAACCUAUGAUAUUGGGACGACUGUAUUGAGUUGUGGAGAAUUCCCCAACGUACCUCUUAUCAAUACCAAGGGAGUUAUUAUCUAUAAUCCAUCUUUAGAAUACCGUCAACUUGGAUAUUCCCUGGAUGAUAAUCCUGAGUCUCUUUUGGUUACUCUUGUUGUCAUCCAAGAAGGUGAGGAGAAUGUGAAUCUUAGAAGGGAUGUUAUGAAGGCUUGGUCUCAUAUUUCUCAGAAGAAAAAUUCCGAGUUAAGUCCUCGAAACAGUGUGGCAAAAGAGGCUUAUACUACUUGGGUUAAAAGUCGGGCUUCCAAGCUCAAAAUGCCAUACCCCCCUCCACCACCUUUGAGUAGCGAGCAUGUGGAACCUGCUCAUGUAUCUUUUGAGGAAUUCAAGAAGCUAAAGGAAGAGAGCACCCAGUUAAUGAAAGAUACAUACAUUUGGGAGAACAAAUUAUAUUUCGCUAAUGAAGAAUGUUCUAAACUCCGUAGUCAACUACAAGAGAAGGAGGAUAUGACUGUUCGACAAAAGGUAGCUCUAGAACAAGGGGUCGCUAAAAGGCAAAGGCUGGAUAGAGAUCUCAAGGCGUCUUGGUUUGCUUUCGAUCAACACAAGGAGAAGCUGCUACAUACUGAAGGACUUCUUUGA